UUUUGCAGAGAUUGCAUAAAAUAGUUAGUAGAUCGAAUGCCUGCAAUAUUUGUCUGUAAAUACUUUUCCAGGAAUUUCGUGAAGGUUACUUUUUUUGGGAGGGGGAGGGGUAUUAUUCUCUCUAAGCUUAGCUAGGCCUGUUUUAUUUUGUAUAAGCAUAACCAAACUUGAACAGACAAUGCCUUCCAGUGUGAGUUUGGCCCAAAUUGUGCCAGACAUGGCAUAAAGGAUGAACAAGUUGACGCAAGAGAAAAUACAUUACUAGAGUUAGGCUUUCGGUUAUGUCUUUUCCCAUUAAAACAUACCCUUCCUUCCUACUAGUGACGAGGAGAGCUGUCCUCACCCACACGUACCCCAGGUUUAUUGUUCUCUAUCGGUUUGCAUUGGGAGUGUUCAGUGACUCAGGGUUUCUCUGUUCCCUGUGAAACUUGGUCAUGAGUGCAAAUAGUGCUCUCUUAGGUCUGUGGCAUUUAUUCCUCAAAGAGGUGAUUAAAUGUGCAAAACUGCAGUAAAACAGUUACUUGGACAUUUAAGGAAAUUCUAAGUUGCAGAAGAAGUCUUGGACACCAUAGAGGUUGCAUUGAUCAUGGACAGUGAAGAAAUUCCAACUUUUUCGAGUCCAAAGGAGGAAACUGCUUAUUGGAAAGAGCUUUCCUUGAAGUACAAGCAAAGUUUCCAGGAAGCUCGGGAAGAGCUGGCCGAAUUUCAGGAGGGAAGCAGAGAAUUAGAAGCUGAGUUGGAGGCACAGCUAGUGCAAGCUGAACAAAGGAAUAGAGAUUUGCAAGCAGAUAACCAAAGACUGAAAUAUGAAGUGGAAACAUUAAAGGAGAAACUGGAGCACCAGUAUGCACAAAGUUACAAGCAAGUGUCAUUGUUAGAGGAUGACCUGAGCCAGACACGGGCCAUUAAAGAUCAGCUGCAUAAGUAUGUGAGGGAGUUGGAACAGGCCAACGAUGACUUGGAACGUGCGAAGAGGGCAACAAUAGUUUCAUUGGAAGACUUUGAACAAAGGCUAAACCAGGCUAUUGAGAGAAACGCGUUUUUAGAAAGUGAACUGGAUGACAAGGAAUCGUUGCUAGUUUCUGUACAGAGAUUAAAGGAUGAAGCAAGAGACUUACGGCAAGAGCUAGCAGUCCGGGAAAGGCAACAAGAAGUCACCCGAAAGUCAGCACCUAGCUCUCCGACUCUAGACUGCGAAAAGAUGGAUUCGGCUGUCCAGGCAUCUCUCUCCCUGCCAGCUACACCUGUUGGAAAAGGAUCAGAAAAUAGUUUUCCUUCCCCAAAAGCUAUACCAAAUGGGUUUGGUACCAGCCCUCUUACUCCUUCAGCUAGAAUAUCUGCACUCAACAUUGUGGGAGAUCUCUUACGGAAAGUAGGGGCCUUAGAAUCCAAAUUAGCUGCUUGCAGAAAUUUUGCAAAGGACCAGGCAUCACGGAAGUCCUACAUUUCAGGGAAUGUUAACAGCAGCAUGAUGAACAGCAAUGGCACAAAGUACCCUCAUUCAGGGCAUAUGUCUUUCUUUGACAAAGGGCGUGAAAAGGUCAUAUUCCCCACCUUGGUCAUGGGGAUACCGUGGCCAGCGUGCAGACAAGCCUGGAGUCGGGCUGCUGCUGCGGUGCUGGAGGGGAUCCAUCGGUGGGAUGUUUGCCUGAGGCCCAGGAAGGCUGUGUGCGAAGGCAGGCGGAGCCCUGUCACAUCAGUGCGUCGUUGGUGCGGAGUGCCUGAUUGUUUCAUGGCUUCUGGCCUUGUUCUCACACCUCUGGGAGGUUGAAAAGAUCACCCAAGACUCACACACCUGAGCUGUUGAACACAACUCUCAGUAAGAGGUGAGGAGUGCUGGAUUUGCACUGCUUUCUUUAGAGGGGGAAGCUGCCAUGUAUUAGGGUGGCGAUGGCUGCAGAGAUGAAUUUUUCCCGUAGUAGGCACUUGGGAGCUAGAAACCCCAUUCGGGAGUGAUCAGUGCCCCAGAAGUAGCAAUAUUUGAGCAGUUUGUGCUGCUUGAGUUGGGCUAUUUCUUCAUCUGCCUCUCUGCAGGGUGUGGGGGGAGGCAGGGAGCUGCAGCUACUCCCUCGUGGUCAUGGGAGUACAGAGUGACUCCAGGGCCCCGUUGCGCAGGGAAGGAGGUAAUCCCUGCCACCGAGUCCUCCUGGUUCUUCAUGUGCAGGUUGCUGUAAUCAGUAGGGCAGCCUGGCUGGCAAACGUGCUCCACCAAAAUCACAGCUCAGGGGUGGCACGUCCACGUGUGGCACAGGAGGGAGAGCCGCUGACUUCCUCCCAGUUGUGCUGCGAAACCUGGGCCGAGGCGGGAGGAAGGGGUCUACUAGCCCACGUGCUUUGGAUGCAAGCUGCUCCUGGUGCGCUGCCGCGUGCUAAUGCUGCACAGCGCAUUAAAUAAGUCCUGUCAGAAAGGCAGAAAUGCUGCAGUAUUGAAAUGUCUGGUGGCAGGGAAUGCAGGUGGCUUUGAGCAAAGGGCAAAGCCUUUGUGCAAAGGCUUUGUGCAAACGUGCCGAGCUGCACUAACCACCUUGGGGUCGUAGCUCCUUCUGUAUGUGUCUGCCCUGCCCGGCUUUGUAUAAUGCUGCUGUUGAUCGCUGGGUUGCAAAGGCUCAUUCAUCAUUUCAAUCUGUGCGCAAGACGUGACAGUGUAUGGAGUAAUGGCGCUUGCUCUGGAUUUGAAGUUAAUCUCUCCAGCCUGUUGUUCCCGUGCUGAUCUUGCCUCCGGCUGUGGGAAUCUGAGUUCCUGGGAAGCAGUAAAGGCAAGAGAUCCUCAGCUGGAGGUGUAUGUUAGUUCAGCUGAACUCACGAGCAGCAAAUCUGGCAGGCCCGUUCAGAGCCCUGGGGUUGUGCAGGCAGAGAGGCUGGGCGCCAUCCAAUGGUGACAGUGGCUGCAAGUCAUGACGAGUGGCUCUUCAUUUGGGGCAUCUCUAGAGCAUGACUCUGUUGCCAUGCUACUCAUCAGACACGAGCAGGGUAUCUCUCCAGGACUUGCAGUCUACUUAUGCUGAACAUCAGUUUUCUCUGACUCUUUUAACAGAGAGCAAACUACUACAUUUUAAAUCCCGUUUUGUUUUGUUUUGUUUUUUUACUGUCCUCCUCAGCAGAGUUGCUUUCUAGCUGAUAAUCAAUUUGCAGAGUCAUGUCACAAUCAGGUUGGCUUCACGCCCCUGCAAAGUAGAAUAGCGAAGUACAUCUUCCCCUAAGUCGCUCCUCAAAUGGCUUUUUGUUUCCUGCUGCUGUGAAGGUACUUGCAUUUUUAAAUAUAUCAAAGUAACAUGCAAAUGUGAAAUUUAAAGCUUUAAGGGGAGGAGAUGGAAAAAGUGGGUUCUCAUUGCUCUGACUGCGGUGCUGGGAUGUGCAGCAGGCUUUGCUAAUAUGGAAAUGUGGAUGUUUAAACAACAAGAUGAGGAAAGAAAGCAGCACACCUCCGUAAGACAGCAAGCUGAGUGUUUCCAUGGGAAUUUGUCCUUGCUAGUGAGUGUUCCUAUUAUAGCUCUCAUCUGCUCUUCUGGAAGGGUUUUUGUAAUAGCCCAGCACAACAGCGUUGUUCUGGGCUUUGUUGGCAGGAUUUAUACUUAACUGACCCAGUGGGUAUGGCGUCCCCGUUGCAAAAGCAGUGAACAUGAGACGUGCAUGAGAUAUGUGCUGUGCAAAAGAGAGUGCAAAAAGCAGUUGGUCUCCGUCCUGGGGAUGCUGCUGUGAGCCUGUGCGCAGAGCCCUGGGCGCAGAGCACGUGUGAGAUCCUGGCACAGUCCCUUUGGCAGUGACGGCAAUGAGUGGGUCAUGCUUCUCCAGACUCCUACUUCAGGUACAGCCUGAGCAGCCAACUCCCUGGUUGGCAAAUUUUGACUUUUUCUUGGUUUGUAAACGCUUCCAAUUUCUACUAGAAGUGCCAGAGCCGUCCAGGCUUCACUGUCCAUUGCUUUUCUUUGUCAGCCCUCACUGAGGGCUGGAGACCACAGGUCACUGAUCUAAGCAGCAAAGAUGGUCUCUUAAAAAGCUUCUCUUUCCUAGAUGUAGUUCUGCCGAGAGAGAUAUGAACGGCAUCCUCUGGGAUGUUGGUGGUUUGGAGAAAGCUGAUGAAGUGUUGCAGAGGUGCUUCUUGUGACUAGUUGCAGCGCGAGACAGGGACCCUGUCCCACCUUGCAGGGAUGUCCCUCCCCCAAUACUCUCAGAGUUAUAACUUUGAUAACAUGAGCAAGGUGCUAGUUCUGUGGCAAUAGAUGGGAUGGACCUGUCCUGUUACAGGGGAAUACUUGCCUCUUGUUGCCAGGGCUGUGGUGAUGAUCAUCAGAUGGUGUACGUUAAGCCUAAUUGCAGGAGAUCUGGCAAAGCCGUAACAAAGCAGAGACUGAAAAGCUGUCAGCCCUACGUACUCAUUUAACCCACCAGGAAGCCAGGUUCUCUAUGCCACCGCCUUUGACAACAGCUUUGGGAAGAGCAGUAGCCUAGAAACCAAUGGUUCUUGGUUGUGUGGUGUUCAGGGGUUUGAAGAUGAUUAGCUGGGAAGUGCGUAUGGUGAGGUCUGGAGGGACCUGGAGUCCUCACUGCACCCCAGCUAUGUGUAGCAUGGAGGCAAAACCUGCUGUGCUUUGUUUAACCUGUGCCUGCCUGCUCUAGCAGACCCCAUUCUCCAUUGCAUAGUGUGGUGUAGCUGUGUGUGCGUGUGUGUGCGUAUGUGUACAUAUUCCCAUCCCCUCUGCUGGGAGGAAGCUGAGUAGAGCCACAUGUGAGUUGACUGCCAGCUCUGCUGCACAGAGCCCUGUGUGACUGUGCCCUGCAGCUCAGUGCUGCCCACUCGGCACUCGGGGGCUGCAUGCAGUUCAGGCAGAUAUGUGGAAACAGCAACUUUGUGGCGACCAGUCAACUUUUAAGAAGGAGGAGGAGCUAAAUGUGGGGACAAAGCCCACAGAGCCGCUAUGCCUAGUGCCUUCAGCUGCACAGACCUGAUAGCAUAGCCCCAGAAGUCUCAGAGCAUGCACAGCAGCUCCUGGACCUCCUUGGCUGGUCACCUUGGCCAGCAAGUGCCUGUCUUGGCAAAGCUUCAGGCACUCAGCUGUGGAGGUGUGUGUGCGCGUGUGUGUGUGUGUGUGCGUGUCCCUAGCUGUCAAUAAAUGCUGAUUCUCACAGCUGGAGGUGGGCAGCCCAGUCUUAUAUGAGCCCUGUUCCAGCACACACUGAGCAGCUGCUGUAUAGUCAGCUCUCCUCUGUCCCUGCUGAAGUGCACAGCAGUGUCUGGCUCCCACAUGCAUCUGAGGCUUGCUGCCUUUGAGCCCAGGCUGGGGACAGAUGCUUUUAGGAUGCCCAAAAAGGGAGAUGUGCCCUAUCUUCCAGCUCCUGGUGGGGGGGAGAGAUGAACAAUAGAAAUGAGCAAAUAGCUCCCUCCUGGAGGUGCUCAUCACUUACUGACUUCUCUCUUGUUCCU